AUGGAGGGGAAUCAGCGCCAAGCUAGAGCUAUUGGCACCUAUGAUCAGCCCAAUAUCCAUGGGAGUAGGCUGGGUAUCAGGGCACCAGCUGUGGAGAACAACAACUUUGAGAUCAAAUCCAGCUUGAUCAACAUGAUAGAGAACAACACGUAUCAUGGUCUUGCUUUGGAUGAUCCACUUGAUCACCUGGAUCAAUUUGACAAAUACUGUGGCUUGUCAAAAACAAAUGGUGUCUCUGAAGAUGCCUUCAAGCUGAGAUUGUUUCCAUUCUAUUUGGGAGACAAAGCUCACACAUGGGAGAAGAACCUUCCAAGUGACUCAAUCACCACUUGGAAUGAAUGCAAGAAAGCCUUCCUCAACAAGUUCUUCUCUACCUCAAGGACUGCCAAGCUUGGGAAUGAGAUCUCUGGAUUUCAACAGAGGAAUCUUGAAGGUUUUAGUGAAGCAUGGGAAAGGUUCAGAAGCUACUGGUCUCAAUGCCCACAUCAUGGUUUCACCAAGGAGAGUCUGCUCAGUACCUUCUAUAGAGGAGUUUUACCUAAGUUCAGAAGCCAGCUGGAUACUGCUAGCAAUGGUUUCUUCUUGGGGAGGAAUGAAGUAGAUGCUGAGGAGUUUGUAGAGAAUAUGGCUCAGAGUGAGUCAGUCUACAGUGAUGACCAUGACAGGAGCAAUAGAGACAGUGGAGGAGAUGAUCAGAACUCAAAGAGAGAGUUGAAAGCUCUACAAGAUAAGAUGGAUUUGCUUCUUUCAGACAGAACCAAACAAGAGAAAGUAAACUUUGUUGGUGAACAUAAGCAAGAUGAGAUAGUUGUGGUUAAUGAAGUUGAUGGUCUAGAAGGUCAAGAAGAGCUAUGUUUCGUUAAUGCUAAUGGGACAUGGUACAAAAAGGAGCUUCACUUUCAAUACCAAAACAACUACCAGCAAAAGCCCUUAUACAACAACCAACAAGGUAGUUACCAAGCUAGCCAAAACUACUCUCAAGGUUUCUCCUCCAAAGGAAAUCAGUCUACACAAGGCCAAGUUGGAUCUUCUACUUCUGCUCUAAAAGAAAGUAGCACUGAUGCAAUGUUGAAACAGAUCUUGGAGUCUCAAACUAGAAUUGAUGGAAGCUACAAUGAUCUCAACAAAAAAUUCUCAAACCUUGCCUCUCAUUUCAAGGCUUUGGAGAAUCAGUUUGCCUCUAGGCAUUCAACCUCCAAGCGCCCAAUGGGAUCUCUACCAGAGAAAUCAGAGCAGAAUCCCAAAGAGUAUUGCAAUGUUAUCCUCUCUACUACUUCUUCUGAGAUUGAGUUGAGUGAUCAUGAGAAAGAGCUUGUGGAUAACACUGAACACAAGGCUAUGGAGAGGGUUAAGGCACAAGCUGAACUGAAGGUUGCAGCAGAGAUUCUGAAAAGAGAUGAGCACAAGGCUGAGAAACAAGUUGAACGAGAGGCUGUGCAGAGGUUAAAGGAAGUUAAGUUGGAAGGAACCACUGAGGUUGAGCAGUCACCUUAUGAUAAGCUCUCAUUUCCACAAAGAGUCCUCACCAAAGCUCAAAACAAGGUGAUCUCCAAGUUCAGAAAGGACAUGAGUGUUUUAGGAGUCAAGCUUCCAGAGAUCCCAAAUAUGCAUGAUGCUCAUGUCUAA